GUGACAUACGAUACGAGCCCACAAGAAAAAACCAAAAAUGACCAGAUAUACAGAACAAUGACCAAUACUUCACGCCUUUCGGGCAUCUUUAUAUCAUCCGGCCUUAUCUAAAGGCUGAAUCUACCUCGCCAAAAACAAUGCCACCCACAUCGAGAGGAGGCCUCCUCGUUCUGCGCUUUAUCAGCCGUGCUUCUUCCACCUCAACCAUCUGCGCCCGAACUGCUCAUACCCGUACACUCCCUCCUCUACCGUCCUCCCCUCCAACCAAAGGAAACCCCCAAAUUAAAGUCCCUUCUCGACCUCAUCCCGAAUCUCGGCCUUCUAACACCAAUUCCUCCAUCCUUCAAAUCCUCCGGUCUCCCACCAGCCGACGUUUGCUAUGGUACUUUUUCUUCGUGGUACCUCCCGUCGCCUUCUUCAUAUCCCAGUUCCCUCUGCGUAUCGCGACCGUCCGUGGCCCGUCGAUGCAACCAUACCUUAACCCGACAUGUUCUCCAGACCUUCCCGAACCAGCCAACGACCGCAUCUUGCUCCAAAAAGUCACCUUCCCGGGACGCCCGAGCAUAGUCUUCAGGAACCCACCAUUCCACCUCCACCGAGGUCAGAUCAUAGUCUUCUACGCACCCCACGACCCGACGAAAUGGGCGAUCAAGCGUGUCGUCGCCGUUCCCGGGGACCGCGUGACCCCUCGACCGGGCUACCCGGGGGGUGACGAUCCGGUCGUCGUGCCGUACAACCACAUCUGGGUCGAAGGCGACGCGGACGGCCGCGACAAGACCGUCGACAGCAACUGGUAUGGCCCGAUAAGCCAGAACCUCGUGCUCGGAGUGGCCAAAGCGGCCUGGGCACCGUGGACGUGGCCGUGGCAGUGGCACGGCCUGGGGAGUUGGGCCGACCACGAUUACCCUGCGAAGAGACAAGGACGAGUCGAACAAGACGUCGUGGGCGAGGCAAAAGUCGAUCCGGAUCAGGUACGCAUGGGUCAGGCGUUCGCGGAUGGAACGGCGGCGAGGGAGUUGAUUGCGCUCCAGGCCAAGAGAGAAUUCUUACCCUCUAUGAUGGCGGACAGGAAGAAGCUGGACAAAUUGCGCACGAUAUACGCGUAUGCAAAGUCGGAGUUGGAGCACAACAACCCGGGGUCGGUGGACGUGGCGCAGGCGUUGGUGAAUGAGCUUGAGACUGCGUUCACACGUGUCUCUCUGCAACAGGAUGGGAGCGAGCUGCCUCCUAUACCGUCUGCAGUUCAAGAGGAGGAAUCAAAGAGAAAGCAGCUUGACAGAUACCUUGACAAACAGCGGGAAAAGGGAGCGAUUACGGCGUCCCAUGGUACCUUGAGCACGGCGUGAGUGUUAUAGCAAUCCUGUCCCAGAUCGCGAUAUACGGGGUCUUGUAUAGUUCUUUGAAAAGGGCAUAGCGACGGCGUUUUAUCAGGUGGAACCAGUGUUCAUAGCACAUGAGCGUAGAAUCAAAUGCAUCUUUAUCGUCCCAGGCUUGUAUAACGUGUGUGCGCAACCCCUCAACACCUGGGCCCCCUUUAUGAUCAAAAGCAGCCAUCGACAACAACGUCGAUCCCUCGUCUGAGAAAUGGC